AUGGCAGUCGCCGCUGGAUUUGUCCGCACAUCCACGGCUGUCGUCACCUUGCUGGUUUGGUGCCAAGCACAGAGUAGCACAAGGAACUACGGGCCAGUGUUUGAAGAGCAGCCUGUCCACACCCUCUUCCCUGAAGGCUCAGCAGAAGAGAAAGUCACGCUGGCUUGCCGAGCAAGAGCCAGUCCUCCUGCGACCUACCGGUGGAAGAUGAAUGGCACAGAGCUAAAGAUGGAGCCAGAUUCCCGUUACAGGCUGGUUGCAGGCGACCUAGUGAUAAGCAACCCAGUGAAAGCCAAGGAUGCCGGCUCCUACCAAUGCGUGGCAUCUAAUUCCAGAGGCACGGUGGUCAGCAGGGAAGCCUCCCUCCGCUUUGGCUUUUUGCAGGAAUUCUCUGCAGAAGAGCGAGACCCCGUGAAGAUUACAGAAGGUUGGGGAGUGAUGUUCGCCUGCAGCCCUCCUCCCCAUUACCCAGGCUUAUCCUAUCGAUGGCUCCUGAAUGAGUUUCCCAAUUUCAUCCCAGCCGAUGGAAGGCGUUUUGUCUCUCAGACCACAGGAAACCUUUACAUUGCCAAGACAGAGGCUUCCGACCUGGGGAACUAUUCAUGCUUUGCCACCAGCCACAUCGACUUCAUCACCAAGAGUGUUUUCAGCAAGUUCUCCCGGCUCAGCCUCGCUGCAGAGGAUGCCAGGCAGUAUGCACCCAGCAUAAAAGCCAGGUUUCCUGCAGACACCUACGCUCUGGCUGGGCAGAUGGUGACUUUGGAGUGUUUUGCCUUUGGAAACCCCGUUCCUCGAAUAAAGUGGAGGAAGCUGGACGGCUCGCAGUCCUCCAAGUGGAUCGGCAGCGAGCCCCUCUUGCAGAUCCAGGACGUUGGCUUUGAGGAUGAAGGCACUUAUGAGUGUGAGGCUGAAAACACCAAAGGGAGAGACACCUACCAGGGCCGCAUCAUCAUUCAAGCUCAGCCGGAGUGGCUGAAGGUGAUCACAGACACGGAAGCCGACAUCGGGUCCGACCUGCGCUGGAGCUGCGCGGCCGCUGGCAAACCCAGGCCCGCCGUCCGAUGGCUUCGGGACGGGCAGCCGCUGACCUCUCAGAACCGCAUCGAAGUGAGCGGUGGAGAGCUGAGAUUUUCCAAGCUAGUCCUGGAGGACUCUGGCAUGUAUCAGUGUGUGGCUGAGAACAAGCAUGGCACAGUAUAUGCAAGUGCUGAAUUAACAGUGCAAGCUUUAGCACCAGAUUUUAGACUAAACCCAGUGAAGCGACUGAUACCUGCAGCCCGAAGUGGGAAGGUCAUCAUCCCGUGCCAACCAAGAGCUGCACCAAAAGCCACUGUGCUCUGGACCAAAGGGACUGAACUUCUGAUCAACAGUAGCAGGGUGACUAUUACCACAGAUGGCACCUUGAUCCUCCAGAAUAUCAGCAAAUCUGAUGAGGGAAAGUAUACCUGCUUUGCUGAGAAUUUCAUGGGCAAAGCCAACAGUACUGGAAUCCUCUCUGUUCGAGAUGCCACCAAAAUCACAUUGGCACCAUCUAGUGCUGACAUCAAUGUAGGUGAAAACCUUACUCUACAAUGUCACGCAUCCCACGAUCCAACCAUGGACCUAACCUUCACCUGGUCACUAGAUGAUUUCCCCAUUGACUUUGAUAAGUCUGAGGGGCACUACCGGCGAGCCAGUGUGAAGGAGGCUAUUGGAGACCUCAGCAUCUUCAACGCCCAGCUAAAGCACUCGGGGCGGUACACGUGUACAGCCCAGACGGUUGUGGACAGUGCUUCGGAGUCAGCCACGCUGACUGUCAGAGGACCUCCAGGCCCCCCCGGAGGUGUGGUGGUGAGAGACAUAGGUGACACCAGCAUCCAGCUGAGCUGGAGCCGCGGCUUUGACAACCACAGCCCAAUUGCCAGGUACAUCAUCGAGGCGCGGACCCUCCUCUCCAGCAAAUGGAAACAAAUGCGUACCAAUCCCGUAAAUAUUGAAGGCAACGCAGAGACAGCCCAGGUGGUGAACCUCAUUCCUUGGAUGGAUUAUGAGUUUCGGGUCUUAGCGAGUAACAUUCUUGGAGUUGGGGAGCCAAGUUUACCCUCCAGCAAAAUCCGUACCAAAGAAGCAGCACCUACUGUGGCACCAUCUGGGCUCAGCGGAGGCGGAGGGGCUCCCAACGAGCUGAUCAUCAACUGGACGCCCACCCUGCGGGACUAUCAGAACGGAGAUGGCUUUGGCUACAUCUUGUCGUUUCGCAAGAAAGGCACCCAAGGGUGGCUGACAGCAAGGGUGCCGCACGCAGAGUCGCUGCACUACGUCUACCGCAAUGAGAGCAUUGGUCCCUACACCCCCUUUGAAGUGAAGAUCAAAGCGUACAACAGGAAAGGAGAGGGACCAGAGAGCCUCACCGCCAUCGUGUACUCUGCAGAAGAAGAACCGAAAGUGGCUCCUUUCAGAGUUAUGGCCAAGGCUGUUCUGUCCUCAGAAAUGGAUGUGUCCUGGGAGCCCAUUGAGCAGGGAGACAUGACUGGAGUGCUUCUGGGCUAUGAGAUCCGGUACUGGAAGGAUGGUGAUAAAGAGGAGGCAGCUGACAGAGUGCGAACAGCAGGGCUGGUGACAUCGGCUCAUGUAACAGGCCUAAACCCCAACACGAAAUACCACGUGUCAGUCAGAGCGUACAACCGGGCUGGAACCGGCCCCCCCAGUCCCUCUACCAACGUCACAACAACAAAACCCCCACCAAAGAGACCACCUGGCAACAUCUCCUGGACUUUUUCUGGGUCUACAGUCAGCAUCAAGUGGGACCCAGUGGUGGCGAAGGCAGAUGAGUCUGCAGUGACGGGGUACAAGAUGCUUUACAGGCAGGACUCCCACUCUGCUCCCACGCUAUACCUGGCCAGCAAGAGCCGGAUUGACAUCCCCGUCCCUGAAGACUUCACUCACGCCUUUGUACAGAUCAGGGUGACGGGCCCCGGGGGAGACGGAAUCCCAGCAGAAGUUCACAUCCUCCGAAAUAGUGGGACAAGUAUGAUGGUGGAAGACUCGGUGACAAGGCCAGUGCCACAUGCUCUCAUUAUCACAACUAACUCUCUAGUAAUGGUGGCCCUGAUCAACUACCUGGAGCUCUGACGAUGGCCAGUGCAGCAGAGGACUCCUGGACACGCUUCCUCCCAAGCCAGUGGGGAACCACGAAAUAUUUGGUGCUGCUGCAACUUUGAGUUUGUACCACAGCAGCAUUAGAGAGAAAGGAUUUGACAACAUUGUUUUAAAGGAGGAAGAAAGAAAACAGGUUUUUUUGUUUGUUUCGGAAGAAUAUAAGCUUUCAUACAAGACAUGGGUCUUUAACCAAUUAAAAUUUUUUUAAAGGAAUGAGUAAAACGAAGAAUUCUACGUGAAUUCUGACAGCCAACUGCCCCACACACUGUAUCCAGUAGGUUUUCUGCCUUACGAAGCCAUGUACUAAAAUAACCAGACUGCUAAACUUGACUACUUUUUUUUUUUUUUUAAAUAUGUACAGUGAAUUUUGGGGGGAGGUAACGGGAGGACAGGGACUGAGGAUUUCACAGUGAUCAGCAUGUUCCAUACCAAUUCCAGUCACAGCCAUCUCUAACAAAUUAUGGGACAGGAUUUCCCCCCCACCCCCCAUAAUAUGAGCCAAAUUCUGCAGCAACCAGCCCAAGGAGAUAAAGCCACAAGAAAGACUGAUCUCUGCCCCAUCCUGAAGAUCGGUGAACAGAGAGUUCAGAUUGUGAAAAGCUUUUUUACGACACUGGUGUUAACUUGCAACCCCAGCCUAUUGUUUGUAUCAACUGUUAUGCUGUGAGGCGCAAUGUUCAAUGUUAUCCAUAUCCCACGUG